UUCAAGACCCCCAUCAUUCAAGUCCAUCAUUUAGAGUAGCAGUUUAUGCCCGCUCGAGUUCAAGUUAUAUUUUUCGACGUGCUGCAUGCUGGCAUGAGUUACGAUUGCCUUGGGUGCGGAUGAAAGGAUAUUUGACAAGCCUACUAUCAUUUUCAAUUUGUUCCUCUGUACUAAAGCCCUGUGAAAAUAUGAAGUUGGAAAUCGUUCAAAUGGUGAAAAUAAUCAUUAUUAACCAGGGCUGUGAACGGCGGCUCCUACGACCCACCUGCGAGGUGACAUCAUACACAGGAGGUGUUGCCGCGCGAUUCGCGAACGGUCUUUUGCGAGCAAACUAAAAAAUUAGCAAGCAAGCUUGCAAACUUCUCCAUCUUCUCCUUCUCCCACUUCUCCUCCUUUUUAUGGAGUCUCACCCUUUUGCCUCUUUCUCCUUUUCUUUUUAUUUACCGAAAUUAUAAACCGAAACCGUGCAGCCACGUGGUCCCGCGGGGUGUGUGCUCCCGAUCGUCGACAAUUGGCUGAAAGAACUGGACGUUGAUGACGUAAUGCCCGCUUCGAAGGGCUGUAUCCGGCGCUCACGCCCCGCUAUUUUGCCUGGUAACUGCGCCUCCGGUGCACUGAUACGGUUAAAAGUCUAUGUGCGUAUGAUAAUGAGGGAUCACGAGAACCGUUUCCGGCAGAGUAUCCGGAAUUCUCGAAAAUCACUUAAUGCGGUGAACCGUCUCACCUUUCGGCUUCGGUAAACUGGACGGGUGUGAACGCUGAUUGCUAAAAUGAAAAUUAUCUGUACUGCACCGCAAUAGUGCGCCGGUAUGCAACUAUGAAAGCUAUUGUUUCUAUAACGAUUUUUCCUGGGACAUUCUCUGAAACCAGUCAGGUAUCGUACGGAUCACGCAUGACCUUUCCCGUUGUAAUUGACUGAACCUUUGCGUUUCGACUGAUUAUUGGAAUUGCUCUCGACAUCAUUUAUUUUCUGUCCUUUCUUGAUUUGACUGCACUGACAUCCACUGUGCUAACUUCCUGCUGUCUGUACGCUGCCUUUUGCCAGUCUUCCAUAAGUACCACGCUCGCAUGUAAUUUCUGGUAGGUGUAUGCCUGCUCACUACAGACAACCAACGUCGACAGCGAAUUAGCAGCGUCACAGGAGCCUGAAAUGAAGUUAAUUCUGUUGGUACUGUUUGCUACUUGUAACGCCAAAAAAUAUUGGGAACAAUUGUUCGAACGCAGGCCAGAACUCUCCAAAUACCAAAAUGCCACCAGGGUGAGUGUGUAUAUCGUUACGAAGGCAACUCUCUCUCUCUCUUUUUUUUUUUCUUUUUUGGCAUUCAAGAAAAGUUGUGAUAGAACGCGUAUGUAUAAUGGACAGUAUCUUCCAGUCCAUGGCGGUACCGUCGAAACGUUUUCUGAUGUACCGUUCAUAUGCAUCAGACAAGGCUUUUGGAGCAGCAUUCCCUUGCGUCAACAUUCAGCAAACAAACCAGAGGAAGGACGACACAGAAGCAAGUACGGUAAUGAGCUACACUCAGAGAAAAAUCUAUACCUUUAGAGGUAUAGAUCGCCUGCUCAAUAACUUAGCCCUUCUUAGGUAUUAUUUUAUACCCUGCAUACAGGUAUUGUACUACAACACAAGUUCUAGUGCAUGGGUGAACUACACUGUGCCUUCGAGAACGCUUUCAUCCCCCAAGUAUAAGGUUCCUAAUGUGAUUCAAGCCGGUGACAAAAAGAGAGCAGAUUCUCCAAUAAUGUUUUCUGAUUACGGGAAAUGUGACGUCGUUAGAGCACCCCACACAAGAAAUGAAUACGACUGCGAACUUUGGGUGGCAGAACAGCACGUUAACAAAUACCCUUCCUGCUGCGAUUUCAUUUAUGAUCUCCUGUGCGCUCCAGAUAAGUACCCUAUAUACCAGAAGUUCUGCACACUGCCUCCACGCUGAACAGUUGAGCAGAUAUGGAGUCGUCCCACG